AACAUGCGUGGAAUGUAGUGAGUUUUGUGUUUUUAAUAAACAUUUUGGUUAUUUCUGCUAAUUGCAAACAAAAUCAUUGCUGAUAUGUCAAGAUUUAUACAUACAAAAGGUUAAAUUUUUUAAUCAUUGUUAUCGUUAUCAAAAUAAUUUCAUCACAGUGUUAAAAAUAGUGGUAUUUUAUUUUUAGUAGGUAUGAAGUUCGACAUCUAAACAUUCAAUUUUAAUUCAUUUGAAAACUGAUUCUAAAAUGAUACCUUCUCCAACAAAACCAUGGGAGGGUCUAAACAGCUCAGCUGGAGCAUCCAUUUUACCAAGAAUUGAAACAGUUGCACCAGCUCCAUCAAUUCAACCAACCCAAAACAUUGCACAACAACCAUCACUUCCACCACCGUUAAAUCCACGACUUGCAGCAAAUAUUUCUUCGGGAAAUUUUGGACAACCUACUACCACCUAUGGCAGCUAUGGAAGCAGUAUGCCCUAUAAUUCAUACGGAACGUCAUAUGGAUCCUAUGGUGGGGGAUAUGGUAGCUAUGGGGGUGGCUAUGGAGGAUACGGAGGAGGUGGUUAUGGAAGUUAUGGUGGAUAUGGAAGUUAUGGUGGAAUGAACAGUUUCGGUUACGGUGGUGGACUUAAUUCACAGUAUAAUUCAUAUAAUCAACCUGAAAAUCGGUUCAUUCAACUGGCGGAAGAGAGUACACGACCUACUUUUCAAAGCAUCGAAUCAAUUGUUCGAACAUUCAGCUCAAUGGCUAUGAUGUUAGAUCAGACAUUCUUUGCAAUGACUUCAUCAUUCCGUGCUGUUUUAUCCGUGGCAGAUAGUUUUGCUCGACUGCGUUCAAUGAUGCAAUAUAUGUGGUCUUCAUUUGCUCUAUUUAAGGCGAUUAAUUGGUUGUUUAGAAAAUUAAUGACUUUGUUGCGAAUAUACGAUGCUAAGAAAUUAGAAGAAACCAAUUUAAAUCAAGCGUUUAAAAAUGCUAUUACCACACCAGAAGAGGUAGCUAAUUCACCAUCAAAAUGGCCAUUAGCCGUAUUUUUAGGAGUUAUUAUUUCCGCACCAUAUAUCAUUUCUAAAAUGAUUGGAUCUUCAUUAAAUACUACCCCAACAAAUGAAGAUGCAAAUAUUCUUUUUAGAAAAGUUAAAUCAACGUAUGGUUACACUGCACGACAAGCACAUGAAUUAAGUUUUGCACCAGGUGAAAUGUUAUCAAUUUAUCCAGAUGAUAUACAACAGAAGAAUGGUUUAGUUCGAUCUGGAUGGGUUCUAGCGAAAAAUUCACAAGGAAAACGAGGUGUUGUACCAAUUAAUUAUUUCUUACAAAAAUCCGUAUCAAAUUCAACAGGAAAUAAUGUACCUGCUUCUACUCAGCAAGAAAAUGUUAAUUAAUUUUUAAUUAGAUAAAUUUAAUUAUUUUUAA